AUACUAUGAUAAGUAUCUCUUUCCUUUGGCUUCCAUCACUCUCUAUUUCGGUCUUCACCUCCACUGCUGCGAGCAGAGGGAAAAAGGAUAAAAGCAUCGUUGUGUUCUUGCUUCUUCUUCAACUCUGUCUCUCCGUCUCUGAACCUCCUCCUUUCGUUCUUUUCUUAUUCAGUAUUGUAAAAGAUGGCCGAUGCUGAGGAUAUUCAACCCCUCGUCUGUGACAAUGGAACUGGAAUGGUGAAGGCUGGUUUUGCUGGUGAUGAUGCUCCCAGGGCUGUUUUUCCCAGUAUUGUUGGUCGACCCCGACACACUGGUGUCAUGGUUGGGAUGGGUCAGAAGGAUGCCUAUGUAGGAGAUGAAGCACAAUCCAAAAGAGGUAUUCUUACUUUGAAAUAUCCCAUUGAGCAUGGGAUCGUCAGCAACUGGGAUGAUAUGGAAAAGAUCUGGCAUCAUACAUUCUACAAUGAGCUCCGUGUUGCUCCUGAGGAGCACCCUGUUCUUCUCACGGAAGCACCUCUCAACCCCAAGGCCAACAGAGAAAAGAUGACUCAGAUCAUGUUUGAGACCUUCAAUGUACCUGCCAUGUAUGUUGCCAUCCAGGCAGUUCUUUCUUUGUAUGCCAGUGGUCGUACAACAGGUAUUGUGCUGGAUUCUGGUGAUGGUGUUUCUCACACUGUGCCAAUCUAUGAAGGGUAUGCCCUUCCUCAUGCCAUCCUCCGUCUAGACCUUGCUGGUCGUGAUCUCACUGAUUCUCUGAUGAAGAUUCUUACUGAGAGAGGUUAUAUGUUCACCACCACUGCUGAACGGGAAAUUGUCCGUGACAUGAAGGAGAAGCUUGCCUAUGUUGCCCUGGACUAUGAGCAGGAACUGGAGACUGCCAAGAGCAGCUCUUCUGUUGAGAAGAACUAUGAGUUGCCUGAUGGACAAGUAAUUACUAUUGGAGCUGAGAGAUUCCGUUGUCCAGAAGUCCUCUUCCAGCCAUCUCUCAUUGGAAUGGAAGCUGCUGGAAUCCAUGAAACUACCUACAACUCUAUCAUGAAGUGUGAUGUGGAUAUCAGGAAGGAUCUCUAUGGUAACAUUGUGCUCAGUGGUGGUUCAACUAUGUUCCCUGGUAUUGCAGACCGUAUGAGCAAGGAGAUCACUGCUCUUGCUCCAAGCAGCAUGAAGAUCAAGGUUGUUGCACCACCAGAGAGAAAGUACAGUGUCUGGAUUGGAGGAUCUAUCCUGGCAUCACUCAGCACCUUCCAGCAGAUGUGGAUUUCCAAGGGUGAGUAUGAUGAGUCGGGUCCAUCCAUUGUCCACAGGAAGUGCUUCUAAAUUUACAAUUCAUUUAAUGAGAUGAUGGGUCUUUGGAGCUGGUGGUCGGCAGACAAAUGGGUGCUUAUUUCCAUCCUUUCCAUGCAUCUUUCAACCAUGUUGCUGAAUAGAAUGUAGCUGGAGAGAUUGUGUUGCUUCUUUAUUCUAUUUUUCUUCAAAUUCAAGGCUCCCCGCAAACAUUAAUGUCAAUAGCUAUUGUACGAGAAAUUUUAAAAUUCGAUGGGAAUUAUAUUUUAUACUUGGUUUUGAA